AUGAAAGUUGUGAAAUUUCUUGACGAACUCAAGACUCCCAAAGCAACGCUGCACGCCGAGCUCUUCAAAGGAUUGGGCACUCUCAAGGACGAAUAUGUUAUUCGGCUGAAACCCGAUGCCGUGCCCUUCUCGCUAAGCGUCCCCCGCAGGAUCCCCAUCCCGCUGCUCGAGGUCGUCUGCCGCGAGCUGGACAAAUUGGAAAGCGCGGAAGUGAUCCGCAGGAUCGACAAGCCAACUCCAUGGUGCUCUGGCCUCGUUGUCGUCAGGAAAGACGAUGGUUCCUACCGGCUAUGCGUCGACUUGACUCAACUUAACAAAGUCGUCCUCCGUGAACGGCAUAUUUUGCCAACGGUUGAGCAAGUCCUUGGCCUCCUCGGUGACGCAACAGUUUUUUCAAGGCUGGAUGCGACCGCAAGCUUCCAUCAGGUGAAGCUUUCUGCCGAUUCCCAAGAGCUGACGACAUUCAUCACCACAUAUGGCCGAUACUGCUUUUGCCGGCUCCCCUUUGGCAUCACCUCCGCUCCCGAGUACUUCCAGAAACAGAUGGCAAGAAUCCUGGAGGGCCAAGAAGGGGUCGCCAACAUGAGAGAUGACAUUCUGGUUUUUGGACGCACCCGCCAGGAGCAUGACGCCAGACUGAGCCAGGUGCUAUCUCGUCUUGCAAAAGCAGGCAUCACGUCGAACGAGGACAAGUGUCGUUUUGGGGUAUCUGAGGUCUCCUUCCUCGGAGUUGUCGUCUCAGCUAAGGGUAUCAGGCUGGAUCCAAGCAAGGUUGAAGCGGUCAAAGCUAUGGAAGCUCCCACAGACGUCGCCGGUGUUAGACGACUGCUUGGAAUGGUGAAUCAUCUCGCCAGAUUCCUGCCACACAUUUCGGACGUCACAGCACCCAUCAGAGCCUUGCUGAACAAGUCUGCGAGCUGGGUGUGGCAGCAUGAGCAAGAGGCAGCAUUCAAGAAGGCAUCCACUCCUGUGGACACGGUGGAACUCUUCGCAGCACAAGUAGUCAGCUGCAUGUCAGAAGUCUUGCCACUCAGCCCUGAAGAUGUACGACAGGCACAAGAAUCCGAUGCAGAGUGCAAGGCCCUCAUCUCCUUCUGCCAGCAAGGUUGGCCACGAAAGACCAAGCUACCUGUGCAUGUGUCGAAGUAUGCCUCCGUGGCAGACGAGCUCUCUGUCUACGAUGGUAUCCUGCUGAAAGGCCCCCGGAUCGUCAUCCCGUCAUCUCUUCGGCCGGCGGUCUUGACGCCGUUGCACGAAGGCCAUCAGGGCAUCAACAGGACCAAAGCCCUAGCUCGGGAGUCGGUUUGGUGGCCGGGUAUCUCAGCAGACAUCGGCAGACAGCAGACAUCGACCAACUGCGAACAGUGCACUUCCACCCGGGUGAACCUUGCAGAACCCCUAGUUCCCACAGCUCUACCUGGACGUCCCUGGGAAUUUCUCGGAAUGGACUUGUUCCAUCUCCAUGGCCAGACGUUCCUCCUGGUGGUGGACUACUACUCGAGGUUUCCCGAGGUGGUGACCCUGAGAGGCACUACAGCUCGGGCAGUCAUCGAUGCUCUCAAAAGCAUCUUCGCACGCCACGGAAUCCCACAAGACGUCAGGUCGGACAACGGCCCACCGUUCUCGUCGCAAGAGUUUGCGGCAUUCGCAGUGUCUUAUGGCUUCAACCAUGCGACCAGUAGCCCACACUACGCCCAGUCAAACGGAGAGGCAGAGAGGAUGCUACGUCCCAACUGGCCGCCAAGGAAAGAUGUCGUCGCCAAGGAUGUAGCCUACAAGCGUAAGCAGACCGACGACUACAAUAGGCAUCACGGAGCUCGAGACCUGUCACCUCUCCAAACGGGUCGGCGUGUGUGGGUGCGCCCUGACCAAGUGCAAGCUACGGUCCUCAGUCCGGGGCAAAGGCCAAGAAGCUACGUGGUCGAAACAGACCGAGGGGGUGUUCUACAGCGCAACCGCCGUCACCUAGUGCCUUUCGUGCCUUCCGCCUCCGGUGAGGAAUCGCUGCCAACAGCUGCACAGCAACCAUCGCCACCGCAGCAAGUUCUUCAGGAACCACAGCCUGCCAACAGCGUGGAACCUGCGGUCCCCCAAGGGCAGCCUUUGCAACAUUCCCCAGCAGCCAGGGACCGUAGCGAUGGUGCUACACGAACCCGUUACGGCCGGCGCUUUGUUCCGCCGCGCCGUUUGAACUUGUGA